AUGCAAGCCCUUUUGAAGAGGCAGCUGUCCCUCUCACCCGAGCUUCAACAGUACUACACCUUUCUCGACGGCGCUUGGAAGUUAUUUCCUCCCAUUUCAACCAACGCUCCUCAUCGUCCCCCUAACAGCGAUUCAUUCCAGACGAUGCAUCUCAUAACGUGGAACAUUGACUUCAUGGCUGAAUGUCCCCAGGAACGAAUGUCUUCCGCCAUUUCCCACCUCGAGAGCCUUGUUUCUACCAUCCCAGCCUCGUCACCAGUUGUCAUCUUUCUGCAAGAAAUGCAACAGAGAGCGAGACAAAAUUUUGCAACGACCUUUAAGGAGUCAAUAGGUGCAUCUUCUUAUAGUAAAUGCGCCAAUGAUUUGACCCAACUAUCUCAAGCUUCCUGGAUUCGAGAGAGGUUCUCCAUGUCAGACCUUACCCCUGCGAAUUGGGCUGCUUCGUACGGUACUGUGACCUUGGUCGAUCACCGCUUGACUAUAGUGCAAGUUUCAAGGUUGAAAUUCAUUAGCGAGUAUGGGCGAGAUGCUUUACUUGUUGAUAUCGCCUUUCCCGGAACCGAGAAAGUCCUAAGACUGUGCAAUGUUCAUUUGGACUCUAUGGAUGGCUCGAUGCGUCCUAUUCAAUGGAAAGGAGUCGCUCAAUGGCUACAGAGGAAAGACGAUGGGGUAGCAGCCAGUAUCCUCGCCGGAGAUUGUAAUGCAAAUCGGCCUCGCGACAAGACGGAACCGCAGGAGAACGGUUUCAGAGACGCAUAUCUAGAACUAGGGGGAGUCGAGGAUGUCGAAGAAGGCGCGACAUGGGGGUUUCAAUGCCCUUCUAGCGCGAGAUGGGGACCAACACGGCUAGAUAAGGUCGUAUUCUGGGGGAAUUUGGAGGUAAAGGAACUUGAGAGGAUUGGGGUAGGGAUCAGGGUUGAGGAUGAAGACGCAAAGAAGGAGUUGGGAGAGUGGGAUUUUGUGACCGACCACUAUGGAUUAGUGGCCAAGUUCGAGCUUCCAGGAACGCUAGAGAACACCAUCAGAAAGUAUACCCAUUAG